GUUUAGUUUGGUGCUACAAGUCAACAACCGGUAACAACACAACUCUGCCCGAGUAGGGUGUCGAACCUCGAGCCCCCUUCUAGGUAGCCAAGACAAGCCAAGUUCAAGCGCAUAAACUCUAACUUCUUUGAUAAGAAGGUAUAAACAUUUUAGAACAACAACAAAGACGUGUAUUCACUAUAGGCUAGUAUUUACUGCAGACAGUUUGGAUUAUAACCUCAUCACAAUGUGGAUUAAAAAUGAAACGUAUGAUUUGGACAACUUCUCAUAUACUACUGAAACUACCCAAACAACUAUGUAUGUGAAUAGUAUUAUAAACGAAAAAAAUGAAAAUUUCCUCAAGACAAGAUUUUUCAUCUCUGUAUGUUUGCUUUGCUUGGGGCUCUUCGGAAAUUAUUUCAUUUUCCUUGUUUUAAAAGGAGUUCAAAGCCUGACAUCGAUACUGGCUAUCUACAUGGCAGUAUUUGAUACUCUCUCCUUGUUGAGCAAAGUCUAUAGCUAUGGCUUGGAAUACUAUAAGACGUACAAUUAUGGCUAUUUCUAUUGUGUAACCUGGUAUAUACCGACAAUAAUUUUCGGAUCGACUACAAACUGGACUUUAGUUUUGAUAUGCAUUGAACGUUUUAUUUCCAUAUUUUUUCCUUUUCACCACCGAUCUUUUGUUUCAACAAGAAGAGUACACGUUACCAUGGCAACAGUAUUAUGUAUUUUCGUGGUAUAUUCAGUUGUACUCAAUUUUAUGACGAUCGCUUACAGCGACUCACCGAAGCAAUGUGUCCUUAUGAACGUGUCUAGUUCCAAAUUUAAUACUAUAAUAAAUUGUGUUGCAUUUGCAGGGCCCAGUUUACUAAUCACAACAUUUACAUUGUUAGUCAUCUUCAAGCUGAAAUUUUCGAAACGAAAUUUUGGACGAGAACAAAAAUCCAACAGCCGUCAACAGUUAGAGAGCUCACUUAGUCGGCUCAUGCUCAGCUCGGCCAUUUUAUUCAUGAUCCUCACCUUGCCAGGGACACUUUACUACUGCCUUAUUAGUCCUGCACUUGAUUCUAGGAAGGAUGACCCAGUCAUUGACAUUGUACUCUUUCUCCUGUCGGAUGUAUCCAACAUUCUUAAUUUUGUUGUCUAUUUAAUAUUUGUUAAAGCAUUUAGAAGCAAAUUUCUCCAAAUAAUUGCAAGAAAAUAAAGGCAACUGUGACAAAAGCGCUGAGUGGUAAAAACUGGUUGACUUCUUUUCCUGACUCGAGCUGAGGUGGGAUUUUUUUUUGUCUGCUUAGUGCCUAAAGCACGGGCAUCCUCUCCAUUAUAUUCAUUCUACCCUCUGGCCCACACAAGAUUUUGGACACAAUGUCAUGAGCAUACUAUAAGCAUGAAAUCUACGCUAUACAGAAAAAAAAACAACAAGAAAUUAUAUUCAGCUUCUAAACAUUUUAGUAUAUUUGGAAACACUAGUAUUUUUAAGUUUUGAGAUCUCUAUGUCAAAGCUGUCACAGAUUUAUUGAAUUCUUUUACGAAGUUGUCACAGACUUACUGAAUUCUGAUACGAGCUGUCACAGACUUACUGAAUUCUGAUACGAGCUGUCACAGACUUAUUGAAUUCCAAGUUAAGUUAGAUUUGUAAUGCCACUUGCUCUUGAUUUUUUUGUAUGGAGGCAUUGUUGGCCUCCUUCAGUCGUAGAUUAUGGUUCAUCUUUUUAAAAUGAAUGAAAUAAAAGCAUGGGCGUCGGCUAGGGCACCGUAUAUACCAUCAUUUCCUCUCCAGGCAGAUGAUGUGUCCAACGAACGGCCAAUAGUCAAUACAAUUUUGAAUCUGAAAGUGCAUAACGAUAGAGAUUUUCUCCAAGGCUUUUGGAAGAGAGGAUCUGAGCAUCUGAAUAGCUUACGUGGAGUUCCAUUAUGAAGACGUUUAUAAAUGUGGUAGGAUUUCAAUAGCAGCACAUACAUUUCAUUGCGGCGCUGCAAGGGGUAGAAUGUGGCUGCUGAAAACAUUUAAUUAUAAACAAAGUCUGUUGUAAACAUUUUUGUAAUGUAUAUAUCAUGCAGCGUUUCUCUAUCUUAGACUAGUGGUACUACCCAGACCCCAAAAAAAAAAAUACGUUCGCUCUCUGGUGAACGCUGUAAGGUGUCAAAGACAACAGGGUUUUGUUGUUUUUUUUAAUUUUAGAAAUUCCCUCCCCUUGGGUCUAGAAUGAAGUAUUUCUUGCAGAUAAGUUUGAGUUGUUCGUUAAAGUCAAAUUUAAAAGGGAAACACAGAGAAGCACCUAUAUAUGUUAAUGGUAAAUGGGAGGGGGGGGGCGCCCAUAAAGUACCUUGUCCCGGGCGCACGUUUGGCUCACUACGAUUCUGGAGGGACCAUUAUUGAAAUAGAACAGACAGGUACGAGAGCGGGUACGAUUGGCAUGUGCUUGAUGGUCUAAGAUCAUCCUCGUAGCAAGAUGUCUUGUAGCGGGCCUGUUUUGUUUUCAUGCAAAAGACGUCAACAGAACAAUACAUUCUUUGACAUUAGACCGUUCAGAUAAAAGAUACUCAGUUGGACUCUAGAAUCCCAUUAGUGAAGAAUGUUGGGAUGUUUCAAAAGAACUUCUUGAAUCGAAACUUUUUUCUUGGCACUUUCCUCAAAACAACAUGAAAGAUUCUACUUUCAAAUGAUAUACAACGCAACGUUAUUUAAUAAUGAAAACUUUUGAAACGUCGGUAUUAAUGCCAUUUUAUAUGUCAACAAUUACAUUCCAAAGUCAAGACAUUUUUGUUCUUAAAAACAAAAAGACCAACUAGUCACCACGUCACGUCCUCUAGAGGGGCGUGAAAAAAAAUAUUAAAGAACCGCUUGUAUAUUAAUUUCCUUGCCGAAUCCCUACAUUUUUAAAUGUCGCAAACUGUAAACCAAUGUCGUAUUGCGUUAAUUGAUUUGUAUUAAUGAAAACACGAUAACUAUAACGAUAAUUUAAAAAUACGGUACUCUCUAUAGCCUCCUUCAGUCGCGAAGUGACUAUGAAUCAUCUCAUGGAAAUAAGAUGAAUGCCUGGACAUUAGCUGUUGUCUGAACUAUGUCGCCCAUACAUGAGUCCCUCUCCACGAAGCUGAUGUAUCCGAAGGAGUUUUCCUUCUAACGGGCCCCUCCUGUCCGAAGCUUAUUGGUUAAGGCGCCAGUUACCCCUUCUUCAGUAGUGAGA